AUGGCCAAUGUAACCCUGACGACAGAAUUCCUCCUUCUGAGAUUCUCGGAGGUUCGGGAGCUGCAUCUGGUCCACACCGCGUUUGCUGAGUAUUUCCUCCUCACGGCCAUCUCCUAUCACCGCUAUGCCACCAUCUGCAUCCCCUUGCGCCACGACGUCAUCAUGGACCGAGGGCUUCCUCCCUCGGACAUGGCUGAUGUCAUCAGGGGAAUACCACAAAUGAGGCCACCGUCAUCUUCUGCCUGCUUCUGUGGACAUUGGAGACUUCCCCACUUCCUCUGUGAGAUGCCCACCAAGCUCAAGCUGGCAUAUGUGGACGUCUGGCCCAAUGAGAUUCGGCUCUUAGUGGGCACUUUCGUCCUGAUUCUCCUGCCCUUGAGCCUGAUCACAGUUUCCUAUGGAUCCAUUGCCAGGGCCAUGCUGAGGAUCAAGUCACCUCGGGUCCGGAGGAAGUCCCUGGGCACCUGUGGAUGCCACCUCCUGGUGGUCACUCCCUUUUACGGGUCCAACAUGGUGGUCUGCAUCGGGCCCAACAGCUCCUUUUCUGGGACUUUCGACACGUUUCUGACCCUCUUCUACACCCUGAUCACCCCCACCCUCAACCCGCUCAUCUACACCCUGAGUAACAAGGACGUGAAGGGGGCAGGGAGAAGGAUUCUGGGAAAAGACCAGAGUUCAGAAAAGGGCUAA